AUGGGUGAUAACGACGUUGAGAUGGAAGACGUAGUAGCAAACGCAGAGAAGUCAAAGGGUCGAGGACUUGCACAGGCUCGUAAUCGUGAGAAGAUUAUUUACGAUGUGGUUGAUGAGGAGUCGACUGCUACCAGUGGUGGCCCACAGAGAUCUGUCGAAGGAUGGAUUGUGUUCGUCACAAACAUUCACGAAGAGGCAACCGAGGACGACGUGCACGACAAAUUCUCCGAGUAUGGAAAAAUCAAAAACAUUCAUCUUAACCUUGAUAGACGAACUGGAUUUUUGAAAGGAUACGCACUCGUUGAGUACGAAACACAGAAGGAAGCAAAUGAAGCAAUCGAACAGAGCAACGAAACAGAUCUGCUUGGUCAGAACGUCAAAGUGGACUGGUGUUUCAUCAAGGGAAAGAAAUCAUCAGGACGACGUUAA